AUGUGUCGACUUCUCUAUGUGCAUGUAUUGCUAUCCUGCCUCAGUAUGGCUCAUCCCUUCUGUCCAUCCCAGUGCACCUGUGUCUUCCAUGGACGUACUGAUGGAACAGGAACCAGAUCUGUGCUCUGUAAUGACCCAGACAUGUCUGAUGUCCCCAUCAAUGUCCCUGUGGAUACAAUCAAACUUCGUAUUGAGAAAACUGCGGUACGGCGAAUCCCAACAGAAGCUUUCUACUACCUGGUGGAGCUACGAUAUCUGUGGAUUACCUACAAUUCCAUAACCUCAGUGGAUACUGGAAGUUUCUACAAUCUCAAAGUGCUCCAUGAGCUGAGGCUGGAUGGAAAUAUGAUCUCCAUGUUCCCUUGGGAGUCUCUGAAAGAGAUGCCCAUGCUGAGGACGCUAGACCUACACAACAACAGACUCAGUGAUGUUCCCACUGAGGCUAUCCCCUACCUCCUCAACAUUACCUACCUGGAUCUAUCCAGCAAUAAAUUAAUAACCCUGCCCUCUGAUCUCAUGGAUAUCUGGCCCCCCUUCAACAGAGAACCCAUCUCUACUAAUGCCUCUCAAAAAGUUGUGUUAGGCCUUCAAGAUAAUCCCUGGUUCUGUGACUGUAAAAUUUCCAAGCUGAUUGAGAUUUCCAAAAUGGUUGAUGCACCACUGGUUUUAAUGGACCUAUUCCUGACCUGCAAUGGACCAGAAAACCUGGCUGGUGUCCUUUUUCAGCAUGCAGACCUUGACAGUUGUGUGAAACCGUCCGUCAUGGCUUCUGCAACCAAGAUCGCAUCUCCUCUAGGCAGUAAUGUUCUCCUGCGAUGUGACGCCACAGGGUCUCCAACGCCAACUCUUUACUGGACUAGAUCAGAUGGCUCACGGGUCAACAGAACAGUUGAGGAGUCACCUGGGGAGGGUAUCAAAUGGUCCAUCAUGAUCUUGAAUGGAAUAUUGUACAAAGAUGCCGGAAACUACAGUUGCAAAGCUAAGAAUGUUGCUGGCAAUGCAGAAGCCACCAUUUCUCUUUCGAUUGCCGGUUCCAUUAGUACCACCAGCCCUCCAGCGAGGCCUAACAUAGGAACUGGUCCACCCGAACCCGGCACAACAUGUGCUCCCACAGUGGAUAUUCUCAUCUCACCCUCCGUCACGUCCACAGUUUUCCCAAGAACAUCAACAAUGCUAUGGGCCAUUCCUAAGAAGCCUAGCAAUGGUUUACAGAAAGGCUCCAAACAAACAAAGAUCGAACAGGGAAGUAACGGGAGAAAUUUUGCAGCUGAUGAAAAGAGCAAGAAAAGCGAGGCAUCAAAGUCUGUCCAAGACGUAGAGAUUGUAGAGAAAACAUCUGACAGUGUAGUGUUGAUCUGGACAGCAGGCGGGUUACCAAAAGAUGCCCCACUUACAGUUGUGUAUUCACCUUAUGGUGAGAAUGACAUGAAAAAGACAGAGGAGACCAAUGCUGGCAGUGGGAAAGUCCUCCUAGCGGGACUGUCAUCCGGGAUGAGGUACUCGGUUUGCCUCAUAGCAAAAGGUAUUGAUGGAGAAUACCCCUGCAUCGACUUCUACACACUAGACAAUGUAGAGAACGGACGGCAGAACCAGCUUUUCAUUAUCAUAAGCAGCAUUGCCUGUGCUUUGGUUCUGCCUCUUAUUGCUCUGUUGCUCUACAAGAUUCUUGCUUUAUACUGCAAGGGACGCAGCACAGCUUUAGAUCAACAGGAGCUUGAAAAAGAAAGUUAUGUCAAGUUUGAGACAAUUUCAAUGAAACAAAGAACUCUGAACUCUCAUCCACCAGAACUUUGGGCAAGGAGACCAACCCAUGAAUCAGAGCGAAUGCUCCUAUGCUCCAGGUCAAGCACUGACUCCCAGAUGACCUACAAGAGUGACAGUUCCCGAUCAGAGUAUCUCUGCUGA